GACCACUUCGAUUCAACCCGACACAAUACAAGGCGAUGUAUUAGCGUUCCCCCUCCACCCACCCUACCCGGUAGACCCCUGCCCCUGCCCGCUAGACCACGGAGCGAUGGGGCUCGGCGAUGAGUCGAGUGAGGUCGACGACGCCGUUGCCCCGAAACUUGUGUGGACCAUUACAAUCAACCAUGAAGCCGAUAUUACUGAAUCGGCAUUCUCCAUGCAUACGCACCUGCUGCGCGGAGUCUGCCGCCAUGCUGAGCAGCGUGCGCCCCGGCGCAACCACACGCAUAAGCGCCUCCUGCUAUGCCGCCGCGCCACUUGGAGCUCGGCUGGAUGGCCGCCGGGGCGUGUGGCAUGUGGGCUCGCUGCGCCCUAACGGCUGCAGCAUCCUGCCGUUGCAGCGCUGUGUUUACGCCAACGCCGCACCUGCCGGCAAGGACUCUGGCGGCUCUGCCGAACCCGAGCCUGCCCCCUCCAGCGCCGGGCGCCGUGGUGGAAAGGGCGGGCGCGGCUAUGCAGGCGCGGGCGCAGGGCCGCGGGCGCGUGGGAGCGCCCCCUCUGCGGUGGCUGCGGCGGCUCAGGCGGCAGCAGAUGCCCUGUUCACAGACCCCGGGGCUGGACCGCUGGCACCGCAAGUAGGGCCAGUGGCCAUUGCCGACCUGGGAGACGGCCGCGGUCGCGGGCUGGUGGCCAGCCGCACAGUGCAGCCCGGCGAGCUGUUGCUGGCGGUGCGGCCCCUGGCGCUGGCCUGGGAUGACGGUCUGGCGGCGCUUGGAUCCAGCCUGGCGCAGGAUCCGGUUGGAUCCGAACCCACCCCUGGCACACCCAUAGAUGAGGAUCUGGAUCCAGAUCUGGGCCUGGAGGAUGCCAAGUUCCUGGGGCUGCAGCGGCAGCUGCUCAGCAGGAGGUACACGCUGCGUGAGGCCGAGUGGUUGGCCUCCCUGUGCGGCCUGCCGCCCGUGUCCGAGGAGGGGCAGGAGCAGGGCGGCAAGGCGCCAGAGCUGCCGCCCGCCCCGGCGCUGGAGACGGUGCUGGCAGUGGGCACUGACACGGUGGAGCGACGGGACGUGCCGCUUCCGGACCGGCUCCGCAAUCGGGACAUUCUGGCGGAUGUGGUGCAGGCCAAUGCGUUUGCGCCGGACGGUGGCUGUGAGGACGCGGAUGCGUACUGGGCCCGGCGGCAGGUGGAGGACGUGGCGGUGGGGCCGAUGUCGCCCGAUGACGAGUACGCAGCGAAGGUGGACGCUGGCGACGGCGAUGACGGCUGGGAGGGCGAUGAGGAGCCGGAGCCUGCAGGGCCGCGCGCGGGCCCUCUGGGCGUGUGGCCGGGCGCCUCCCUGCUCAACCACAGCUGCAUGCCCAACACAGUGGCCUUUGUAGUGGGGGACACGCUGUUUGUGCGCGCGGCGCGCAAGGUGGCCGCCGGCUCUGAGCUGACCGUGUCUUACCUGCCUGUGGGGGGCGGCGCCGACACGUCCGUCUUUGGCAGCGAGGCAGGCGCUGCCGCGGACGACGACGGCGAGGGUGCAGCGGCCGAGUAUGAGGGAGGCAGUGGGGGCAGGGGCACGCUGCUGUCGCCGGUAGAGGUGCGGCGAGCGGCACUGGAAGACAGCUACGGCUUCGUGUGCGGCUGCGGCCGCUGCACCACGGAGGAGGGCCUGGACCCCAAGCUCAGGGCGCUUAUCGCCGACAUCGCGGACAGCACUCAGGGGCUGCGGGAGGACCUCGAGACUGCGUUGGCGUGGGCGGAGGUGGCACCGGACGGGGAGGAUGACGACGAGGAGGAUGAGGACGAGGAGGAAACCAAGAAGCCGACCAAGAAGAAAGGCAAGCAGCAAUCGACAGAAGACGACGAUGAAGAGGAUGAAGACGAGGCAGGCGGCGCAACGAGUGGCAGCAAGCGGCAAUGGCGGAAGGCGGCGGCCAGUGUGGUGUCCCAGGCGGGCGCCUAUGUGGAGCUGAUGGACGCGGCCAUGGGCAAACUCAAACUCAGCAUGGCGGAGCAGGAGACGGCGCAGUCGGCGGUGGUGCCCCUGUACACGGUCCUGUGGGCAGCGCUGGCAGCACGUGGCGAGAUCGAGCCGCCGCUGAGCGAGAUGGUGGCCUCGCUGGUGGGCAGUGUGGCCCCCGGGUCGGCAGACCACCUGUGGUGGCGGGCUAAUGCGCUGGAGACGGCGCAGAUCCUGGUGGCUGAGGAGGAGAUGGAGGCCGCAGCGGCAAGCACCAUCGUGCGCGGCGCCAAGGCCGGCUUUGGCGGCUUCAAGCGGCCCGAGGACGACCGGGUGGCCAACGCCGGCAACCGCUGCAGCGCCGCCUUCAAGAUACGGUACGGCCCCAUCAGCCGCCAGGUGUACAAGGCGCUUCUUAAAUCGCGGCGCGAGCGUGAUGACGCUGAGGGCGAGGCGGAGUAAUGUGCAUGAGGAAUGCAUGUUGGAACAGUGUAGACAGCAACGUGGCCUGUUGGGGGACACGUAGCGCUGACCGCUAGGCAGUUUACGUGAUGCGUGAGACGGGUGGUCCGUUGUACGACGGUGCCUGAAUACGGUAAUGCAAAUGCAGUUGGCACGUUGGCAUCCGCACAGUCACAGGUCCACAGCAGUGUUGGUUUGGUGUGCGUACCGUAGUUCAGCACCUGCUGCUGUAAUCUUCCCGGGUGUGCGGGCUUCAGGCCUUGGUCCUUGGGUACUAUUUUUAAACGGGGCGCAUGGCUACGUACAAGGGGCCUCGGUGCAUUAUUGCUCUUCUGGGGCCGGCAUGCGCUGGCGGACCCAGACAAGCAUGCAUCUGGCGCCUAUAAUGCUUUUAUCCUCACGGGCUGGUAGCCCUGAGGUAGCACGACCUCAUUUGGGGCGCCGCACCCCUGCCCAUUUCCCGACGCGCCAACGCAGCGUCCCCUGGCGUCCCCGCACAGCGUUUGUGAGCAGAAACGAAACUUGAGCACUCCUGGACGGCGAACAGUCGAUGUACAGUCGGACAGUGGGCCAAAGCAGUCACUGACUAUUCGGCGUCCGCGCUACAGCGAAUUUAUCAGUGCAUUGGGAGCGCACGUGCAGGCGUCCAGGGCUCACGACUGCGCCAAAUGUGCCUGCCCAAUCAGUGCCCAUCCUCCACUGGUGCGAAUCCUCUCAGGCUUUCAAACCUGGACGUAGGCCAGGUGGCAAGUUACCUGUUCAGGAACUUCCGCGAGGAAACUUCAUGUAAGACACAUGCGUGAAGUGACCCUGCAUCGACUUUACUAAGGACAUUCGAUCCCAUGGGUUGAUCGUGGUGUAUUUGGCGUUCACGAUAAUGAUGGCGACACACGAUACUCCGCGGACUGAUGCUUGCGUCUGUUCGUGGAAAGGACGUGACGCUUGGGCUUGUGUUGGCAAAACGCUGUCGCAGUCACGUGUGGUUGCCGUGCCCAUGCUACUGCGUGCCAUCCAUCGGCAGCGGUCGACAGCUGUAGUGGUCGGUAAGAUGGCAUUGGUAAGAUGGCAUUGGAUUGAAACUG